AUGUAAUAAAUAUUAACAUAUACAAUCAUAUUUAAGAGACUACAGUUGACAUUAAAUUCAGAAGUUGCCUUCAAUAUUGAAAUAAAAAGUCAAGAUAAACAUGUGUCAUUGCUCAAUUAUAUGAAGAUUAAUCAUUAAUACGAAUAAUAUAUGGAAGUGAAAUGCGUUGUUACAAAAGUUAAUCUCAAGUAUGAAGAAAAAAUUAGAAAACUUAAUGUAGUCUUAAGUGAUGGAAAAUCUAAAAGGAUUGCCGGCUUUGCAAAAUUUGACAUAUCUGUUGCUCUCAAUCUAAAUAUGAGAUAAAAGGAAUACUCUAUAAAUCUAAUUUAAUGUCCUGACACUAAAGCUUUUGUUGAAUUUACUUUGUUGAUCAACUCAUUAGAUUUUUUGUACAGCAACAAUGAUAUAGAUUCUAUGACCUCAAAAGCCUUGAGCCAAAACGAAAGCGAAGAAAUAAAAAAGCUUAAGCUUGAAAAUGUUUAACUUAAAGAUGAAUUAAUUAAAUUAAAGUAAGAUUUAUAGAUUGUUGAAGCUUAAUAUUAAUUUUAAGGACGCCAAUAUCAGUAGUUAUAAAAAUAAUUAGAAGAAAGGACGAUUGAGAAUAAUGAUUUGUAAUACAAGGUUUAAUAACUAUGCAAUUUGAAUUCAGUUUGUAUAGAGAAAAUCAAAUAUUAUGAAAAACUGCAUUCUAAUUAGACAUAAUCAUAAAAAUAAAAAUGAAUUUUGCUUUAUAGGUUGAUUAGAAAUAUUAAAUUGUCUUAAAAAUUAAAAUUUC